AUCUUUCCUAUUUCUUUACGAAUAGACACAAAGAGGAGAGAGAGAGAGAGACCGAGAGAGAGUUACAGCACUAUAUCUCUCUCUAAUAGAAGAUAUCACUAUCUCUCUUCAUCACUCUCUAUCUUUCUCGUGUUAACGCAAGAAGAGUCACAGAUCUUGGUCGGUGAUCGGAGAUGGAGUUCCGAGAGAAGCUUCUGAAGUUCAAGUUCCAAAUAGUCUUGGCCUUCGUUCUAUCUCUCCUCACAGUGGCUCUGGUCACUUACUCCCCUGGUUUCCUCACCGUUGUAUCCUACUUCUGGCCACUGUUUGUCUCCACGGCUCUCUUUCUCGCCGCCAUUUUCUUCUUCGCCCGCACCUCCGACCUUCCGGCUUCGUCGUCUACCAUCCCCGGGGAAGGCACCGGCUUAAAAGUGGCAGCGGAAGGGAUUCUUGACUAUGUCGUCGGCGGACAACACGAAGAAACUCUCUUUGAUAGCUUCACCAACCUCGACUAAGUACUGCAAAGAUCUCUCUCUGUUUUAAAUUUUUCUUUUUCAAGUUUUCUCGUUAGUUUUUUCUUACUAAUACUAGAGUAUAAUAGUAUUUCAUUAAUGUAAUAGGUCACGAGGAAUAAGAAUAAAUCUUGCCUUUUUAAAAUUUAAUCUAUGAAUCUUUUUAAGCGCGAGGCUUAUU